GUGGCAGUGAGUGCAUACAUUGAGCACCGAUAAAGAGAACGCACCAGUGCAAAAGAGAAAAAGACACGAGGCAGCGAGAGAGCGAGAGAGAAUGCGUCGUUGCCGGCCUCUUCUAUUUUUUAUCUCUUUCUCAAUUCCUCACUCUCGUUCUAUUUAAUGUACGAGCAUUUAUGAAAUAUAUGCUCGAAAGUCUAUCGAAAGUGCAAGUUUACUGUGUCGCAUGUACAAGUGAAUGCGAAUGGUUAAUUGAAAACGCGUUUCCAUCUGGUUCGUCGACCCAUUGGCACGAAGCGCGGCGACUGGGCCUUAACGAGUGAAUUUCCCGAUGAAGUGGCCCCACUGACAAUUAUAACGUUUUGAAUAAGAAGACGGAAAGAGUCGUCGAAGUGAGCGCGACCCGAGCGACUGAAAGAGUGUAAAAUCGCGCGAGCUUUUUCGAAAGUUUUUUUUCUCUUGAAGUGUAAUCACUCCGGGAAUCUGUCGACAAAAUGACCAAUAAAGGGACCUCCGAGGGGAAGAAACUCAAAUAUCCCAAGUCCGUAUUCUUCAUCGUGUGUAACGAGUUCUGCGAAAGAUUUUCCUACUAUGGGAUGCGAACGAUUUUGUCUUUGUACCUCCUGGACAAGCUCAGUUACGAUCCCGAUACAGCGACAGUUAUUUAUCACGUAUUUUCCAUGUUCGUUUAUUUCUUUCCCCUGUUUGGUGCGAUGCUCGCUGAUUCGUUGCUUGGAAAAUUUCGCACGAUUUUUUAUCUCAGCGUCAUUUAUGCGGCCGGUCAAUUACUCUUGUCAGCAACCGCCGUGCCGAGCUUCGGGAUACCUGUGAGAGAAUUUUCUUUGCUCGGAUUGCUUCUCAUAGCGAUAGGUUCUGGUGGAAUAAAACCAUGCGUUGCUGCAUUUGGUGGUGACCAGUUUGUUCUUCCGCAGCAAGAAAGUCAUCUGGUGACGUUCUUUUCCGUAUUCUACUUCGCCAUUAAUUCGGGCUCGUUGAUAUCCUCGUUUCUUACGCCAGAACUCCGCUACGGAGUACAAUGUUUCGGAGACAGAGAAUGUUAUUCUCUGGCCUUUUUCGUGCCGGCUGUGCUGAUGGUUGCGUCGAUCGUUGUCUUUGUGCUGGGCAAGCCGUUGUACAGGAUCAAAGAUCCCCAAGGAAACGUUGUCCUGAACGUUACCAAGUGUAUGUCGCGGGCGAUUUACAACAAAAAUUCAAAAAAAGAGAAGCGGGAACACUGGCUCGAUCACGCCGACGACAAAUACGACCGGCAAAUAAUCGAAGACAUCAAAGCGGCUCUGCGAGUGCUCACGCUUUUCAUUCCUUUGCCCAUAUUUUGGGCGCUUUUCGACCAGCAAGCCUCGCGAUGGACUUUCCAAGCAACGAGGAUGGACGGACUGAUCGGCAAUUUCAUUCUCAAAGCCGAUCAGAUGCAAGUCGUUAAUCCCCUUUUCAUCGUUAUUUUCAUACCGAUUUUCGAGACUUGCAUUUAUCCAAUAAUGGCUAAAAUCCGGAUGAUUGACACGCCCUUGAAAAAACUCACUGUUGGAGGUUUCAUGGCGGCACUCGCUUUCGUAAUCUCAGGAAUAGUUGAAUUGCAAUUACAGAAAACUUAUCCAGUCCUCCCGUCUCAAGGUGUCGGCCAAUUGAGAGUUUUCAAUCCUCAAAAUUGCUACAUCGUAGGCCAAAUUGGCAAUGAAAACGUCACGGUUGAGCCCUACGGAAUGUGGGUGAACAGAGACAUCCACGCAAACAGUACAGAAGAAAUCGGGUAUUCGGUCAAUUUUGAAAACUGUAGCGAUGCACAGCCCAAGGCUCAAACUGGAAAGUUCCUCGUAACCGGGGAUCAAUCAACGUCGUACGCUUUGCUUGCCGACCGCAGCGAAUCGCCGUACGGUUAUCGAGACUUUGUAAACAAAAGUGGCAACGCGGAUCCAGCAGUUCAGAGUCUCGUUUACAACGAAAAUUUCAACGGGAAACCGAUGCAUCUUAAGCUCGAAGAAAAAUCUUUGAAGAAAGAAUAUUCGGUUGACGGUACUAUUUCUAAAACGAAGAUGGAGGAACUCAAUCCCGCUACUUAUGACGUUGAACUGGAUGGCAAACUUGUGGAUAGUUUGAACUUCAAACAAGGCGGCGUUUAUACCGUCAUAAUCCACGUCAAAGGAGACCACGUCGAAAUUCAUCCGAUCGCAGUUUCGGAGCCAAAUUCCAUACACAUACUUUGGCUCAUCCCUCAGUACAUCAUCAUCACCAUGGGCGAAGUAAUGUUCUCCGUAACCGGCCUCGAAUUCGCAUUUACGCAGGCUCCUGCGACCAUGAAAUCUCUCCUACAAGCUGGCUGGCUUCUGACCGUCGCUUUUGGCAAUUUGAUCGUCGUUAUUGUUGCCGAAGUGAAGUUCUUCAACGAACAGUCGAGUGAAUUCUUCCUGUUUGCUGCUCUCAUGACCGUCGACAUGAUAAUAUUCGCAGUGAUGGCUAAGUUUUACAAGUACGCGGAACUCCCUGAAACGGAUUCCGCCGAGCCGGAAUUUCCUCUCGAAGAAAGUUGCGGCGGUCACUUAAACCACACGUUCGAAAUUCUCGCUACCGAGAAGCUCUAGUUUCGUUACAGCGAGAUAUCGCGCAUUGACUUUUCAAACAUUCUUCGAAAGGUAUUGUGGUCGUUGUAGAAACGAGUGAAACCAAAUCGUCGAAAAAAAAAUCAAAUGCUUCGAGAUGGUAGCGACAACGGUUCCGAACGUUGUUUCAUUUUUUCCACGAAAUCGCUGUCAUGAUUUUCCGAAAUAAUAAUCAAGUGAAUGCACACCAGGGACCGCGAGUCGAAUCCACGGGAUCGAACAUUUUUUGGUCAAACAAUUUCAAGUGUCAUCCUCAAAAUCCAAUUCACAGUAAUUAAAUAAGCUCGGAAAUAUUGUUCGUUGCACCUGGAAGGAAUGCAUUCCACUGUCACAGAGAGAAUUUUCCAAUAUUUUUUUUUCUCAACAGUUCCUCAGAAUGAUUAAUUCCCGAAUAAUUGGAAUAUCGAAUAUUUCUUUACAAACAAAAAUACUUCGAAAGUAAAAUAAAAUCUAAAAAGCUCUCACGAGACCGGAAUGAUAACUGCUUCGGAUUUUAAGGAAUCUAGGGAUAAGGAAUAAGGCAAUUUUAAGGAGAAAAUGUAGAAAAUAGAAUAAAAAUAACCAAAGAAGUAUUGUGACUGUUUAUAGUGAGAAACUCUGGUCCAUAAAUUUAGCAAAUACCCGGAUCCCAGCAAUUUUUCGAAGUUAUUUGAAAUGCGAAUACUUUGGGAACAGAAUAAUUCCAACUGUUAGAACCAGUUGAUUUCAUCGAAUGUCUGGAGUCCAAAUAUCAGUGGAGUAAAAAAAUUUCACGCUUUUUUAUUUCUGCUUGUUUUCUCCACGAAAAAUUUUAUCCCGCAACGACCGUAUUUUUGUUCCACAACUUUCGUUUGACAAUUUCGAUAUUCAUUACUAUAAAUUCAGCAAAAAACAGUGAUUUUUCGAUAUCGAACUCCCCUUGGCAGGCCUUGUCAGUUAAAAAACUCGAAUUUUCAACUUUCCUGUGCGAAUUGCGAUCGGUAGACGAAACGUUGACUGGAAAAUUAUACUUUUUCAAUCUCUACUUACCGACCAAAAUUACUGCAUGCGAAAACAAUGCAAAAAAUCAAAUUAUACACAACUUGUAAUUUAAAAAAAUUAAUGUAGUUUAAGUAUUUUGUGAUAGAGUGCAAAAACGAAGAAUGUUGGAGGAGAAGUGAGACGUGCUGUUUUUUUUUUUUUUUAAUUUUUAUUUUUUCAAUAUUAUGGUAUCACUUUUCUACGAAUUUUAUCAUAUUAUGUAACUCCUUAUAAUUUUAUAUGUGUUUUAUUAUCUAAAUAGUAGAUUAUGAAGUAUUCACGAUUAGCAUUCAAUAUCAAAUCGUAAGGAUUCGAUAUAAUUCGGCGAGAAUUUCUGUUCUUUUAAUUUUUUUUUUUUUUUCAAAUUCAUUUACGUCGUUUGAUCUAAGCGUCAAAAAUUUCAAAGAUUCACAACAUAUUCUGAAACAAAAUUUACGUUGAUCUGUGAAGCACUUUUUGUUAAUGUGCUUCUGUCACACUAAUAAUGCAAUACAUUAUCUCAUCAUCGUAAUAGAUGGAACCAAUUGGAAUAUGAGAGAGUUAGUAAAUAUUGUUGAAUUCCUUUUUUUUUUUGAUGAUGCUGAAGUUUGCAGCGUUGGAGUCCAACGAAGUGACUUAAAAAAACUGUUGAAUAAUUGAAUCAAUUUUACAAUUCGUAAUUUUUCAGCCCACAUCAAGGAUUCGUGAAAUAAAAAAUGAUGGAUUACAAAUCUUUUUUUCGUUCAUUGCGUUGGACUCGAACGUUGCAAACGUCAACGUUGUUUUUUUUGUUCACGUUCAAUAAUCAAUUAGAGAUUUUGUUGAAAAUAAUGCCAGCAGGGGGCAGUUGCUCUCGUUUUUCAGUAUCAAGUACGAAUAAGGUAUAGCUGAGAUAAGAGUAAGAAUUAAAUGAAGAUGGUGUUUUUUUAUCAGGCAUGAAUAACUUAUCGUCGUCCAAACUUUGAUUCGUCAGCGGUCUUAUCCUGAAACAUGCACACAACGUUUAUAUAGAAAAUGUAUAAAAAUUUGAUUUACAUCAUUGUGCAUAAAAGAGUGGUAUGACAUGAUGUGAGUAAAAAUUUUAAUUACGAAAAGAAAUAAAAAAUAUUGAAUACGGAA